AAUGGAUACUUCUAAUGAGUUAACGACUAAGGAAUGUUUAUCUUAUGAUCAAAUUGAUGCGGAAGACUGUAAAAAAAGGAAUAUUUUGUUUGAAACAAUACAUUAUUACGGCUAUAAAACACUCUCACAGAAAAUGGAUUUUUUACAAUUAUUUCACGCUUCAGGAGCUUUUACAAACGGCAAAACACCGGAUACUUUAAUGACUAAUGAAGAGGCUAAAAACAAUCUAUUGGACGCUGGAACUUUCUUUCAAAAGUUUCCAUCUAUAUCAGAGGCUCUAAAAUGGUUUAAUAGUAUAGGACAAAAUCAGAGAUCACGUUUCAGACCGGAAGGAAUGGAACGAAGACAAAUGUCUUCCCGUAUUGACAUGGUACAGUUUUUCGAUACGCUGGUUGAAAAAUUUCGUAAUUUAGGAUUUAUAGAUAAGAUUAUCCCCAAGAAUAAUACAUUCCAUACUCUGUUAAUUCUGGGAGCAGCUUAUUAUGGCUUUAAUCUAAGAUUACAGGCUGCAGCAAACAUGCUAAAGAAUAAGGAAAUAAAUCCAUCUCGUAUUAUUCUAGUCGGAGGUGAGAGAGAUCUUUGGCCCAAUGAUUCCGACAAUAGACUCAAUGGAGAAACGAUAGCUGUAGAAAUUAUUGCAGAAAUGCUGCAGAAGUCAUCGGAUGAAUACAAUAAAUGCGAUAUUUGUAUGGAAAUACAAAGCGAAAUUGAUAAGUAUCUUGAAGGAGUAUCCGUAACAGAUGGAGCUGCUGUUAUGUCUGCUCAUGAACAAAUCUAUGAAUGUAUUAAUUCAAAAUACGGUGUUAAAUGGCCAACAGAAACAGAUAUGAUAUCGUUUUUAGCAAAGAGAAACCCGAUAAUAAAUAAAUAUCCAUUAGAUAUUGUAAAUAGUCCAAAGAUCCUUAAAGAACAGAAUAAAGGAGUAUGGAAAUAUGUAAGACCAAAUACAAAGAGUAGCCUUGAGGAAACAAUUCGACAGUACGGCGAAAGUUUAAUGUCCAAGUCAAUUGUUAUAAUAUCAUCUCAACCUUAUUGUAAAUAUCAAGAACAAAUAGUAAAGUCAGUGUUCAAUCAACAAUAUAAAAUUGAAAUGGUUGCACCAGCAAUAAAUGUUCAAGAAAUUUCGUCUAAAGAAAGAUUCCUAGUUACACUUUUCGAAGCUUUUUUCUCUUCUAUUUAUGCUUCAGUCAAUUCGGCUCUUGAAAAUGUCGAAAAUAUUAAAAAUCAACAUUUAGAUUCAAAAGAAAGUGAAUGA